AUGCUUGUCAAGUCGAGUCUCGCUCUCGCCUUCGCGGCCCUUGUUUUGGGUGCCACUUCCUCCUCCUCGUCACAGCCCUAUGAGGAUACCUACGAUUAUAUCGUCGUCGGCGGUGGCACUGCUGGAGUAGCCGUGGCGGCUCGUAUCAGCGAGGGACUCCCUGCCUGCAAGAUUCUCCUCAUUGAGGCGGGACCCGCGGUGUGGGAUGAGCCUAAAAUCAACGUCCCCGGCAUGAAGGGCUCGACGCUGGCCACAAAGUACGACUGGAACUUCACCACCGUGCCGCAGUCCAAUGUCAAUAGCCGAACUUUCACGGUCAACCGAGGCAAGGUCCUCGGCGGCAGCUCCGCCCUCAACCUCAUGUCGUACGAUAGGGCUGCGGUGGCCGAGUAUGACAGCUGGGAGGCUCUCGGCAACCCGGGAUGGAAUUGGGAGACGAUGAUUGCCGCCAUGAAGAAGUCGGAGAACUUUACUGGCAUUAAUAGCGAUACGUACGGGUCCGAGGGUGUCGGCGAGAGCGGCCCGGUUAAGGCUGUCAUCAACCGCAUCAUCCCCGAGCAUCAGAAGACGUGGAUCCCGACGAUGAAUGCCCUCGGCAUUGAGAGCAACUUGGAGUCGCUCGGCGGAGACCCUCUCGGAGUGAUGUAUCAGCCCAGCAGCAUUGAUCCGACUCACUACAAUAGGUCUUACAGCGCCAACGCCUACGUUCCCAUUGCCGGCUCGAACUUGGAAAUCCUUUCUGAUACCACGGUCCUCAAAGUCAAUCUCGGAAAGGCAACGGGUGACUCGACUCUUCAGACGGCCACAGGAGUCACCCUUUCAGACGGAACCAUCGUCUUAGCCCAGAAGGAGGUUAUCCUAUCUGCUGGCUCCAUCCAAAGCCCAGGCUUGCUGGAGUUGUCAGGCAUUGGCCAGUCCUCCGUUCUCAACGCCUCCGGUAUCGAACAAUUCAUUGAACUUCCUGGCGUUGGCGAGAACCUUCAAGAUCAUCUUCGAAUUCAAAGUUCCUACCAGCUCAAGGACAAUUACACCUCCUUUGACAUUCUCCGCAGCAAUGCCACCUACGCCGCGGAGCAGCUGGCCCUCUGGAACGCCGGACAAGUCUCGCUUUACGACUACACCGGCAGCGGCUACACCUUCACGACCUGGGCGCAAGCCGUCGGCAACGACUCGCGCCUGGUAACCCUCGCCAAGGAAGCCGCCGGCGAAGACCCCAGUGUCGUUGAUAAGAAAAAGCUAGAGUUUAUGACCGAUCCUUCCAUCCCCCAGCUCGAGGUCAUCUUCUCGGAUGGCUACACCGGCGUCAAGGGGUACCCCGCGUCAACAUCUCCUCUCUUUGGCGAAGGGUUCUUCACCCUCAUCGCCGCGAUCAUGCACCCCUUGAGCCGGGGCGAUAUCCACAUCAACCCCGCCAACACCACCGGAAAGCCUGUCAUCAACCCGAACUACUUUGCACACGAACAUGAUCUGGAAGCAGCGAUCCAGGCCAUCAAGUACUGCCGCAAGAUCGCAAACACCGAACCAAUGAGAUCUAUCUGGGAGAAUGAGUACGAACCUGGAUUGGAUGCUGUCCAGACCGACGAGCAGUGGAAACAGUUUGCUCUCAACACGACGUUGAGCAUCUUCCACCCCGUCGGAACCUGUUCCAUGCUCCCCAAGGAGGAUGGCGGUGUUGUUGACAGCGACCUGAAGGUGUACGGCACCUCCAAUCUGCGCGUCGUCGAUGCUAGUGUCAUUCCUCUGCUUAUCUCUGCACAUGUGCAAACUGCCGUCUAUGGUAUCGCAGAGAUCGCGGCUGAGCGCAUCAUCGCAGAUGCUUAG